UUUCCUGCUCUUAAAAUCCAGUUUUGCUGCUCUUCUCUCCCUCCCCUCAACACCCCUUUGGGAACAAGAAGGAAUGGUGUCUCUGGCAAGGAAACAGCUCAUGGGGCAUUCUGAAUGGGAUCACAAACGAGGACCCAGAGGCUCACAGUCUUCUGGCACCAGCAUCACAGUGGACAUCGCUGUCAUGGGAGAGGCCCACGGCCUCAUCACAGACCUUCUGGCUGAUCCUUCACUGCCCCCCAACGUCUGCACAUCCCUGAGGACAGUGAGCAACCUGCUCAACACACAGCUGACCUUCCAGGCCAUCCACAAGCCCAGGGUGAAUCCCUUGGUGUCCUUCAGCGAGAACUACACCUGCUCCGACUCGGAGGAAUGUCCGGAGAAGGGAGAGAAACUGGCAAUCCCCAAGCGCUUACGGAGGAGUUUGCCUCCAGGACUGCUGAGACGAGUGUCCUCCACGUGGACCACCACCACAUCAGCCACAGGACUGCCCACCCUGGAGCCAGCUCCAGUGAGGAGGGACCGCAGUGCCAGCAUCAAACCUCACGAAUCUUCGUCAUCCAGCUCUGACUCCUGGAACAGCUCCAUUCUGAUGACAAUCACCAAGAGCAGGUCCUUCUCCACCUCCUACGCCGUGUCCUCCACCAACCACCUGAAUGCCAAAAGGCAGAGCCGCCAAGGUAUCCCACCAAAUAUUUCACCUCUCACCUCCCCGUGCCAUUCGCCGAUUCAGGGGACGCCUGCCACGAGUCCUACUGGGAAAACAUCUUCUGUGUCAUUUCCAGAGCCCACAGACACUGACACCAAGCAGGGCCUAAAGCCACACAAAGUCUUAACUUCUACUCAGAGUGCACCUAGCCUGUCAGACCCUGUUACCAGCCCCUCCAUCAUCUGCAGCAGCUGUGGCAGACCCUACAAUCAAAUAGAAGCUGGUGAUGGGACACUAAAUAGAAAUGAUACUACUACACACACCCUGAACAGAACAGAGGAUCCUGCCCAAGCCACCUCUGACUACGAGACCAACAACAGCGACAGCAGUGACAUCGUGCAGAAUGACGACGACACGGAUUGCUCCAAGGAGCAGCCACAGAAGGGAUCUGGCUGUAGGUCCUACACACCUGAGACCAUCAUCCUCUUGGACAAGCCUGUACUGGCUCCUGAGCCCCUGGUUAUGGACAACUUGGAUCCCUUGAUGGAGCAGCUAAAUAGUUGGAACUUCCCAAUCUUUGAUUUGGUGGAAAAAAUUGGGAAGAAAUGCGGUCGGAUUCUCAGUCAGGUAUCAUACAGGCUUUUUGAUGACAUGGGGCUGUUUGAAACCUUUAAAAUACCAGUGAGGGAAUUUAUGAACUACUUUCAUGCCUUGGAGUGUGGAUACCGAGAGAUACCUUAUCACAACCGAAUCCAUGCCACGGAUGUGCUGCACGCCGUGUGGUACCUCACAACCCAGCCCAUCCCGGGACUCCCCACUGUCAUCAAUGACCACGGCUCGGCCAGUGAUUCAGAUUCUGACAGUGGGAUCACCCACGGCCACAUGGGAUAUGUGUUUUCCAAGACAUACACACCUACAGAUGACAGCUAUGGGUGCCUGGCUGGCAACAUCCCUGCCCUGGAGCUGAUGGCUCUUUAUGUGGCUGCAGCCAUGCAUGACUAUGAUCACCCAGGAAGGACCAAUGCCUUCUUGGUAGCAACGAGUGCUCCUCAGGCGGUGCUGUACAACGACCGCUCUGUGCUGGAGAACCACCACGCUGCUGCUGCCUGGAACCUCUUCAUGUCCAGGCCAGAGUACAACUUCCUGGUCAACCUGGACCACGUGGAGUUCAAGCAUUUCCGCUUCCUCGUCAUCGAGGCCAUCCUGGCUACUGACCUGAAGAAGCACUUUGAUUUCGUGGCCAAGUUCAACGCCAAGGUGAACGAUGAUGUUGGCAUUGACUGGACCAACGAGAACGACCGCCUGCUGGUCUGCCAGAUGUGCAUCAAGCUGGCUGACAUCAACGGGCCUGCCAAGUGCAAGGACCUGCACCUGCAGUGGACAGAGGGCAUCGUCAAUGAGUUCUAUGAGCAGGGUGAUGAAGAGGCCAGCCUGGGGCUGCCCAUCAGCCCUUUCAUGGACCGCUCUGCUCCCCAGCUGGCACACCUCCAGGAGUCCUUCAUCACCCACAUCGUGGGACCACUCUGCAACUCCUAUGACUCAGCAGGGCUGAUGCCAGGAAAAUGGAUAGAAGAGAGUGAUGAAUCAGGAGACACUGAUGAGCAAGAGGAGGAGGAAACAGCAGAAAUGGAAACUUGUGAAAACGCCGAAUCCAGAAAGAAGAAGUUCAAGAGGAGGAAAAUCUACUGUCAGAUCACUCAGCACCUGCUUCAGAACCACAAGAUGUGGCAGAAGGUGAUUGAGGAUGAGGAGCGGUUAGCUGGGUCGGAGAAGCAAGGCACGGAGCAAUCCCCACUGCACCAAUCUUCAGAACAAAUCCAGGCCAUCAGGGAGGAGGAGGAGGAGAAAGGCAAGGCCAAGAAGGAUGAAGAGGAGAACACAACUGUAGAACCAAACCAAUGACAAUAUUUACAGCAGUAUUUUAAGACAGAUUGACUCGUGCACAGACUCUUUCUCAAGCCAGCACAGCAUUUAGACACAACACUGUAGAAGUAUGGGAUAAUGCGCCUACAGCUGUUUCAUUUGUUUCUCUUUCCUUUUUAUGGUGAGGUACAUUGUUUAAACUCCUAUGCUCAAGGAAGCUUUCACACUGCAACACCGGCUUUACAGACUUUCUUUGAAGAGAUUUGGGGGUGGGUGGAAUUAUAUAAAUAUAUAUAUAUAUAUAUAGCCAGGGUUAUUGGCUGCACACUUCAGCAAAUUACAUUUAAUGAUAUAUUAUGGUCACUGUGAUAUUUACAGGAGAAAGUUAUCUGAGGAAAUGCUGCUUCUGAAGCACAUUUGCAGUUAACAGUAAGGUACCAGUUAAGUAGCUUUUUGCUCUUAAUGCUGAGGGAUAAAAGUUCCAAAGCUUUAUAUGAAUGCUGAUGUAUCCUGCCAACACAUAUGUGUGAGUGAGGGGGUGUUUGCAAGUGUGAGUGGAUAUGAGGAAAUACAGCAUGCUCUGAGUUCUUACCACACUAGCUGUAGCACAUGUCCCGGCAUACCACAAAAAACAGAAGGCCAGAAUUGUAGAGAAUUCGUGCCUGCAAGGGAACAAUUUUGAGGAGCUUUGCUUUCCCUCCAGUCCCAGUUUGCACUCCAGCUGCAGGCAGCCUCCGUUCAGCAGCAGCAGCCCAGGAGCUGCUCUGGCCCUACCAGCUGUGCUGGCAUCACCUCCUCCUCCUCCUCCUCCUCCUCCUCCUGGGCACCUCCAGGACUGCUGGCGACAGGGAUGUGCCAGGAGGGCUCUUUGCAGAGGGGGCAGUGCCUGGCACAGCAGCCUGUGCCCUUGCAGAAGGCUGGCCCUGCCUGUGCCCUGCAGGGUGAAUGU